UUAUUAUUCACAUUUUGAUUAUUUCUUCUAGCGUUUCUAAAUUUUGAUAAAGAAAAGCAAUAUAUAUAGAGAGUCACCUCUAAAGAUUUCAAAGUAUUUUACAACCAACACAUCUCAAGGAUCCUCCUUCUUCUAAUAGAUUAUUCAUAGCUUUACUAUUUUAAUGGGGCAAAUUCAAAACCUCUUAUUCACCUUCUUCUUUGUAUGCUCCUUCAUUUUUCUUCUCAUAGGGACAAAAGUAGUAGAAUGUGGAGCACAUCAGCAUGAUGAUCAUGAUCAAACGGUGAAAAAGCUGUUUGUAUUUGGAGAUUCAUAUGCGGACACAGGGAAUACAAGAAUAGCAAUUGGACAAGCAUGGAAAGAGCCUUAUGGUAUCACUUUUCCCGGGAAACCCUCUGGCCGUUUUUCUGAUGGUCGUGUUUUAACUGAUUUCUUAGCUAGAUCUUUGGGAACAAGAACACCAUUAGUAUACAAAUUUAGAAAAUUUGCAAGACAAAAUUUAAAAUAUGGAAUGAACUUUGCAUAUGGAGGGACAGGAGUGUUUGAUACAAAAGCACCAUACCCAAACAUCACUACACAAAUUGAUCUCUUCCAAACCCUUCUCCAUCAAAAUGCUUUUGAUCUUCAUAACUCCAUUGCUCAUUUCAGUCUUGUAGGCAAUGACUACUCAUUUUACCUUGCUAAGGGUGGUUCUGCGCAGGGUUUGCAAACAUUUAUCCCAAAAGUGGUAAAUGAGCUUGUGGUGGAUAUCGUACGUGUAUAUAAUUUAGGAGUGAAGAAAAUAUCAGUAACAUCCUUACAACCAUUGGGAUGCGUACCAAGCAUUGUACAUUUUCCAUUCCAACAAUGCAAUGACACUUACAACCAAGCUGUUGCUUUCCAUAAUCUCUUAUUACAACAAGCAAUUUCAAACUUCAACAAUCAAACUGCCUCUUCAAUUCUUCUUAUUGAUUUAUAUAACUCCUUUUUCUCUGUCUUUCGUGACAAAGGUUCUCAAUCAGGAAAUAUAAAAUUUGAGAAUCCAUUGGAGCCAUGUUGCACAGGUAUAAACCAAACAUACCAUUGUGGAAGUGUAGAUGAAAUGGGUAACAAAAUGUAUAAAGUAUGCCAAGAUCCCAACUCUUAUUUCUUUUGGGAUGAAGUACACCCUACUCAAGCUGGUUGGAAAGCUGUUAUCUCUAAUUUAAAAAAUAACCUUCAACAACUUCAAUUUAAUUAGUUAAUAUUGGUUGAUUUGGAAUUAUAAUUAAAAAGAUCAAUAUUUUUUUAAGAAUAAAAUUGUUUAGUUAAGCUAUUGUUUGUUCUUUGAUUUUUGUAUUUACAUUUAUUACAUUGUUGUACUGGGUCAAAAACAGAAUAUACUACUUCAGUAGUUCAAAUCUGAAAUAUUUGCUACAGAAGAAGUUUUGUUAUUAUCUAUCAAUCGAGCUUAUUUUAU